AAAUUUGAUAAUGUAUACAAUAAUCUGAAGGAUAGGAUUGAGAAAAAUGCUGAUAGGCAUGAUGUUCUUUUUAUUAAACAUCAAAAUCUCAAUAAUGCUCAAGGAUUGAAUUCCAGAACUAUAUUUUUUAAGCCGAAAAAAAAGCAAAUAACAAUUCCUCCUUCAUUAACGGAUUGUAAAAGGGGUUAUAUUUCUUUGGUACGUGCUAGGUAUGAGUUGAGGGCAGAAGAUCCACUUCCAGAUUUAUAA